AUGCCGACAAUCACUAUAUGCGUGCUAGGGGAUCUUGGCCACUCUCCGCGAAUGCUUUACCACGUUCAGAGUUUUUCUAAGCUCAAAUACAACGUUUAUCUGUGUGGGUAUUUAGACUCCAGUCUUCCUUCGUUCAUAGUACAGGACGACCAUGUUGAGAUAAAGCCGCUGAGACCAGUCAAAAACUCCCACAGACUGCCAUAUUUGGCGUUUAUUGGCUACAAAUUGCUGUAUCAGUUAUACACGCUCACUGCGUUGUUGUUUUCCACAAUGCGCCAAUCACAAUACAUCAUGAUCCAGAACCCACCAUCGAUACCCAUUCUAUUCAUCAUAGUGGUGCUUCAGAAGCUCUUUUUCCACAAAUGCGAACUGAUAAUAGACUGGCACAAUCUCAACUACACAAUUUUGAACAUGAAGUUUAAGAACUUGAAUCAUCCGUUAGUGAGAUUCUUGAAGUUCUAUGAGAGAAAGCUCUCCAGGUUUGCCUACCUGAAUCUGACGGUCACCGAAAACCUGCGCAAAUUCCUUACGUCUGAGUUUGGUGUGGAUGAGAAGAAGAUCAUAACGCUGUACGAUAAAGCUGGUAUUCACUUUUCACCCAUCGAGAACGAGAGUCUCAAAGAGGUUAUCAUCAGAUCACAUCCCCAGGUAUUUGUGGAUUACCGCGAAAACGAUAAGAUUUUGGUCACGUCUACCUCUUUCACGGAGGACGAAGAUUUUGACCUAUUUUUGGCUGCUCUUGUAAAAUAUGAGAAGUUAUUGCAGAAGUCUGAACAAACUUUGCACGUUGUGGUUACAGGAAAAGGUCCUUUGCGUGAUCAAUUCCUUUCCCACCUUGAAUCUGCCAAGCUCUCAAAAAUCUCUGUUAAAUCGGUCUGGUUACCGAUAUCGGAAUAUCCUGAGAUUCUGGCAGUUUCCGAUUUGGGAGUAUCAUUGCAUGUAUCAUCAUCUGGUCUGGAUUUACCCAUGAAGGUGGUGGACCUUUUUGGCUGCGGAAUCCCUGUGAUAUCGCUUGGAUUUGAGACCAUCGGGGAAUUAGUGCAGGACGGAAAGAAUGGUGCGAUAGUCUCAACUGCUGAUGAAAUGGUAAAGGAAUUCGAGCAGUUGCUGACAGAAAGCUCACCAAAAUACAAGACUUUGAAGAAAGGAGCGCUGAAGAAGAGCACUGAGAAGUGGGACGCGGAAUGGGACCGUAAGCUUAAGCCUCUAGUGGAAAGUUGA